ACACAGGAGAGAGAGAGAGAAACCGGAACAAGGCUGAUCCUCGGUGGAAGUUGCUCUCCCCUCCCUGUGCUCACUAUCGCACUCGCUUUCGGCAGCGAGAGGCAGGAAUGUCAGCUACAGCGAACCUGGGCACCACCAGGAAGAUGGUGCAGCAACUGCGCUCCGAGCUGGCCAUCAAAAGGCUGAAGGUAUCUCAAGCAGCUGCAGAUCUGAAGUCGUUCUGCCUGCAGAAUGCGCAGCAGGAUCCAUUACUGACGGGAAUACAUCCAAACACCAAUCCUUUCCGGCCAGCCAAACCCUGUUUGCUGUUGUAGCUAGAAUGAGAUUCUACUUUCUUUUGGUUUCUGGGUCAUAUGUGGGAAAUUCACCCUUUGGUGCAUGUUCUGAAAACAAUGAAGAUGUUUACACUAAUCUUGAUCCUCAGUGGCCUUUGAACCAUUGGAUGAGCCAUGUUGGAGCUGUUUUUAAAAUCCUCUUGAAAUCUGUGCCAACUUUCCUUACUUUCACUUUUGUAAAUUGCCUGUUCUUUGAUACUGAUCUCCACCGACCUCAUUGAAGCGAUGAGGUGCUGUACGUACAGUUUUAGUUGUUGCUUCUGCAAAGUCCUGUUUCUAGAGAGAUUUGUACCUGUUCACUGUUUAGAGGAACAUUUCAAUAAAGAUCUGAAAUGA